AUGUCUCCUUUAGUUUAUUUUGAACAUCUCCUAGAGGAGGUUGGUCUCAUCAGAAGUGUUAUUAGAUGUAUCUUUCAUUCAGAAGUAAUCAAAGCAACAAAAAGUGAUUGUGCAACUAGCUGUUUUUCGAAGCUUUCAAAAUCUCGUUUAGAAUAUCCUUGGCUUUCCUCGUACAAGAUGUCGCGUACAAAUUCACUUUGGACAGCUGCGGCCAUUCUGCUUUCUUAUCAAGCGAGGGAUGUGUCAGGCAACAAGAAAUUUGAAAUACCAACUAUACUCAAGGGACCAAUUAAAGAAGUAUUCACUAUUUAUAAUGCGUUAGACUCCCUAACUCAAAAUCAUAUUGCUCUGGCAGCUAUGCAGUUUGGCAGGGAACACGACAAAGUCAAGUACUACGACUUUAUCGUCAGAAAUAACAAUGGAUUGUUUAAUGUUAUGGAUAAGUACGUGAUGGAAUACUGUGAAAGAGUGAAUAGAUUGUACAGCGCCAAAGCGCGGCAAUAUGCCAUGCUUAUGACAGUUAUUCUUGAGUGUGGAUUUCACCUUACUUUCGAAAAGAAGAGUUUGGAUCAUAUCAAGCCUAUGGUCUUAGAAUGGGCAAAAAAGUAUAAGAAACUUGAUGCAUGGGCUCAGAAAAGUUUUAAGGAUGAAUUUGGCUACCUUGAAAAAGAGUUGCGAAAAAUAUCAAAGUUUUCCUGAAUGCCAGCUGUAAUCCUGCAUUGAGAAGAACUCCGCAUCUGCAAUGAUAUCUUUAUUUUCAACC